CAUACUUAUAAUCUGAAAUCGUAUUGCAGAGUAUGGAAGCUCAACGUUAUCCUUAAAUGAAAAAUGAAUCGGUGUCGUCGGAAUCGACUCAUGGAAUUUGGGGGAAUUUACAGCGGCGCGCGCGCGCUGCUUGUUCACUUAGAACAAAAUCCCUACAACGAGCACGCGCUGUUGUUUUAAACGGCACAAGGUCACGCGCACGUAUUAUUUUUAACACGUUUAUUGCCUUAUCAGGAUUAUUACAGACAAAACGUGUUAGUUACCCUGCAGCUUUGUUCGUUCUAUUUAAAUAUAUAUAUAUAUUAAUUUAUGUAUUCGUUUAUUUAUUAACAGGGUCUAUUGCAUCACGCGCGCGCUGAACGAUAACGGCUCUGUAGAUAAAUAGCGUGGUUAAUAGCAGAGGGUUUACGCGCUUACGCACGCACGCACUCACGCACGAGACAAGACGCGAGCGUCUCUAGACAGACGGCGGAUAACGGAAAAUAACAGACGCAACAAAACGUGAAGGCGUUUAAAUCAACGCGAAACAAGGAGACUGAGGAGUAACAGAGCUGAGAUUUAUUAUUAUUAUUGUGUUUAAUGUGAGAGCGUUAAAGAUGAAGGCGGACACGGUGAUGCUGAGGACCGUGUUGUCGUCAGGCUGAGAGCAGCACAAAAGGAACAUGCUAACUAAGAGCUGCUGGCUGAUGCUGCUAGCGGGGCUCAUGUCGGGCAUCUUCCCGGACACCGCUCAAGGAGCCCCGCAGCCACAAGUGUCUUUCUCGCGGGAUGUGUCUCUCUCUCCUCCAGCUUAUGUGGUCAUCCUGGUCUCCUGCUCGGGCCUCGUGACAUUCAUCCUUCUGCUCCUCACCUGUCUGUGCUGUAAGAGAGGAAGCGUCGGCUUUAACGAGUUUGAUAAUGCUGAUGGUGAAGAAUGUUCCAGUCCCGUUCCUGAGGACAGUGUGUCCUCCUGUGUGUCUCUGCCUGAGGUUUACACACUUCCCCUGCGUGACAGAGCAUGCUCAGUUCUGCCUAAUGGCACAGGCUCAGGUACACAGUGUUUUCGCAGACACACUCUCAACUACCUGCAGGAGAUUGGAAAUGGCUGGUUUGGGAAGGUGAUCUUAGCCGAGGUUCUGUGUGACUGCAGCCCCUCUCAGGUGGUGGUUAAAGAGCUGAAGGUCAGCGCGAGUCCUUUGGAGCAGCGCAAGUUCCUGGCCGAGGCCGAGCCGUACAGGAGUCUCCACCACCCCAACAUCCUGCAGUGUUUGGGUCAGUGCAGUGAGAGUAUUCCUUAUCUGCUGGUUAUGGAGUUCUGCCAACUGGGCGAUCUCAAGCGCUAUCUGAGAGCACAGCGGAAGUCGGACGGCAUGACCCCUGAUCUUUUGAAUUGCGACCUGUUGACCCUGCAGCGGAUGGCGUAUGAGAUUACGUCAGGGCUUUUACACCUUCAUGAGAACAACUACAUACACAGCGAUCUGGCACUGAGGAACUGCCUGCUUACCUCAGAUCUGACGGUCCGUAUCGGAGACUACGGCCUUUCACACAACCACUACAAGGAGGACUAUUAUUUAACACCGGAUAAGCUGUGGAUUCCUCUGCGCUGGAUCGCUCCAGAGCUGCUGGAGGAGUUUAGAGGAGAAUUAGUGGUUACAGACCAGACUAAAACCAGCAAUGUUUGGUCCUUAGGCGUGGUGAUUUGGGAGCUGUUUGAAUUCGGUGCACAGCCACAUCGCCACUUAAGUGAUGAAGAAGUUCUCACUUUUGUCAUUAAAGAGAGACAGAUUACAUUGGCUCAGCCCCGUCUCAAACUCUCCCAUGCUGACUACUGGUACGAGGUCAUGCAGUCCUGUUGGCUUCCGCCUCCCCAACGACCGACAGUCAACGAAAUCUUCAUCCUCCUUUCCUCUCUGUUGGCGGCGGAACAAGGAACGAGCAGGAGGAGUGUGGCAGAGGAUGAGGACGAGGACGAGUAUGAGGAAGCACACGGCCGACGGAGGAGAGGAGAAAGCGAAGAGUCUUUUGAAAGGCGAUGGGAUUCACUUCGUCCCAGCGCUUUCCAGUCAUCUGCCAGCGAAAGACAUAAAGAGAGAUGUUACAGCAGAGAGGACGGUAACUCCUUCCCUCUGUUGGACCCUGUGAAUUCAAUUCCUCCUUCAUCUCAUGAGCUUGACGACAUCCUGACAGUCACUGAGACUAGUAAAGGGUUGAAUUUUGAAUAUUUUUGGGAAAAAGCACACGGUAGAAGGGGUUAUAAACCACUUCCUCCUCCUCAGCCAAUACCAACGCCCAUCUCCAGUCAUAGGCAGUCUUUGGACACGCCCACAGUCGUGCCUGUGAUUAGUGCACGUAGCCCUUCAUUAGCCAGCGAGUACUACAUUCGCUUGGAGGAACACACUCCGCAGGACAAAUCCACCCAUUUUAAAGGGAAGUCGUCCACGAUACAAAAAGAUUCAACUAGUCCUGGCGAUUUGGAGUUAGUAGAAAUUCAUAGAGGGAUGCUUUGUAAGGGAAAGCCUACUUACCAAAACAACUCUGGACAAGGUUCCUCUCAGACACUCCAGACUGUGAAAUCCAGUGAAGUCCAAGUACUCGUACCAAACACGGGUCUGGUUGAGUUCACUAAAGAAUGUUGUAACAGAGUGACCGAUUAUGCAGUAGUGGACAUUGAAGAUGUUAAAAGAGACCCAAACCUUAGAAGGUCUGGAUCUGUAACUUCCCAGGUUCCCAUCCUUCCACCAAAACCUCGCUCAAUGUCCAUGUCUUCAGGGAGCAACCUACUCUCUCGUCCCCUACCUGUUCCUCCGCCUAUAUACGCCCACUCAUACGGCCUAAGUCACUACCCUGUACCGUCUUAUCCCAUUAGCAAAUCAGAGACUUCAGAUUCCUUGUUUAUGAGCAGCUGUUCAACCUCAAAGGUAAGCUUCGAUCAUCUGGGUUUCAAUCGGACACACCAAAGGCUGCCUCCGUCUCCGUCACAUUCUCCAUCCAUCCCUCCGUCCUCUGCCGGAAACUCCAAAUUUCCUCCACCGCAGAGUUGCCUUCCACCCCUCCCUCCUUACUACAGACCCCAAAUAGAUCCCUUCAACAGUUAUGCAGGUGAAACAUUCCCAAGACAAAAUAAUCCUGCGGUGCACUUAGAAAGAGACCCGUUAAGCUGUGACUAUUCUGAGAAGCAUACUGCUGACAGGAGCACGACGUGUUCCCAGUCAUCGCACAACUCCGCCUACAAGGACGAGUCUCCAGGAGGCAGAGAAUCGCCCUAUUCCAGAAUGUUUCACUCCGAUUCAAUUUCAGAAAUUGAGAGAAAGUCCUCCUCCAGCACAACAUACUCAGAAGAUGACUACAAUUCCCCCUUUGUAUCUCCAAGUAGACUCAGCAGUGGUACUAUCAUCGAGCACAUCAGCUUGGUCGAUGACCCAGAUCCUGCUACAGUGGAACUGUUCUCCAGAGGAAUGAAACGAACCCAAUCACGGCUUGACACAAUUCUUCCGGCUCUCUGGAAGGAGGAGGAUGCAGAGAUGCACCGUGAGCGUGUUGCAGCUGCUAAGAAGUCACCCAUACACCUGUUCCUGACGGAAAUCUCCAACGAACCUUCGGACGCCAACAUGGGGAACUCCUCAUGGGGCAGGGAUAAUGACAAGAACAGAAGCUUCAAAGGGAUGCGGCGCUCCCAGUCCCUUCUGACUGAGCUCGACUCAGCCACAAACGAGUGGGAUUCCAGUAAAAACACAGAAGAUGAUGGUGUUAAGAAGAGGGAUUUGUUCCUCACUGAGAUUGACACGGCACUCUCAGAUUGCGAAGACGUGUACGAUGGUGAUGGGGGCAUCCCGGUAUCCCGCUUUGGGACCACACCCUUUCCCUAUGCUCGUCCCGAAGACUUGUCCACCUAUGCUGAAUCAGAAGAUGUUUUCACACAAGGAAUGAAGACAUCCCAGUCUGUACUAUCUGAGAUAAACCCUGGGAACGUAGAGUCAAAAAAAGAAGACUUGAACAGAGAGGAGUUUCUAAAAGAGAUCCAAUCAGCUGAGACAUUUCUGACUGAGAUAAUAACAAGACAACAAAAACAGGAAGAAAGUCCAUCACCUGUAGCAAUAUCACCCGAAUACGAGUCUGUAGCUGUCGACCCAAUGUCCUCCCCGACGAUAAAAUUCGAAUCAUUACCUGCACCUUUAAGUGAUACAAAAGAAGCUAUUUAUGCCCAAGUUACCAAAAGAGCUAAAAGAAGUGAAAUAAAAGUUGCAGUGCGUCCAGAAAUGCCUGUUCUACAAAUAGCAUCAGAACUACAGAGUCUCAAAAAAGAGCCGAACGUAUCCACCGAUGUUCAUCUGACCAAAGAAGAUUCGGACUCUAAGCCAGAAAAGCCUGCUGACUUCCUUCCUUCAGGUGUUCUGCCUAAAUCUGGGCUUUUUAUGGAUCAGGCAUCUCCCGCAUUAACACAACGAACAGACGGUGAGAUGAUCAACAGUGUAAAGGAAGAACCUAUCCAUAAUGUUAGCGUAGAACUUCCCAGACCGUGUAGAGUACAGUGCUCGUCACCGGGCAUAUCAGAAACUAGCCCUAAAAGUAUCUUGACUGAUGAAUAUGAGAGUGUUGGUAAGGGAAUCCAUGUGCAGGAUCCACUGGUAUUCAGAGCAGAAGCAAGCGAUGGUUCAUUUAAAUGUUCAGAACAAAUCCUUGGUAUAAAAGAGUCUAUGUAUGUAGAUAUAGCUGAACCUGCCAGUUUAUUAGAUACCACAGCUUCCAAAGCUAAACAAGAUUCUGGUCAAGUUAUUCCAAGUUGUAAAAACCAGGACUCUCCUCAGGUCUCCCAAAAGGAUCCAAUGUUUACUACUAACGAGCAAGUUAUUUUGACCGAGAUAGAUUUCGGUAUAAGCACCAGACACGAUGCUAAAGAAGCAGACGAGUGCAUCAGUACAACAGACUCUAUGUUAUCGCUCGGCGAAGCAAGCACCGACGUGUUACCUCUGUCCUUCGCAAGGGAACCAAACUCUGAACAAUCCCUGUCUACUAUUACACCCACAGACUCCACAAUGUCACCUCUUACCUCUAGCUCUAUGGAGUGCCUCACCCCUGGAGACACAUGGCUUAGUGGUGGAGGCACUGGGUGGAGGAUCUUGGGUACCGAAACCCCUUAUCGAGAUUCUGCCUACUUUUCAGACAGUGACUGGGAUGGUGGGGAAGGUUUGUCCAGAAGAGGUUCUGAUGGAUUGGUUUCUUCUCGCCCAGGCAGCGGUCGAGCAGGCGAGAGAGGAACGCUGAUGGGAAUUGAAGAAAAGACUGAGGCGGAGGAGGAUGUUCAGGAUGGAAAAGUGGUGAAAAUUUCAUUUGAUGUGGGUUCAGUGAAAAGCAUUGCUGAAACGGUCCCUAAACACGGUAUUGACGAUAGCUCGCUUUCAGAGUUUAAAUCUUCAAAGGUCUCAAAAACUGGAAACGAUGCUAUCGAUGAGUUGUUUCAUGCCGUUCAGGAGCCAACGCUAAAAGCGUUCCCUUGCACCGAUGCCUCCCAGUUUAAUUUUCAGAUAUCUUCUGUCACCGAAUUAAGUGAAGAAAAUGUGGGUCUAAACAUAGAAGUGCUCUCCAAAACAAUAGUACAACCGGUAGAAAAGCUCCACAAGGCAAAUAUUGUUGAAGAAUUUUUUGAAACUCAGGCUUACAUGAAAACAAAUAUGUAUGAAUCGACAUGCACUUCAGAAGGUGAAGAAAUUCAAAAGCGGUCCAGAGACCAUAAGCUGGAUAGACAAGACAGUGAUGCCAAUGAACUAGGCUUGAGAAACCUUACUUUUACUGACGAAAUGGAAGAACAAGCAAAGGCAAGGUCAGAAGCCGAACACCAUUUAACCGAAACUGAACUCUGCCUUUCGGCAAAGAAAUCUCCAAACACAGAAUGGGAGCAAGAAGGCCUAAGAGACAUUUCUCAGAAGGAAAGUUUUGACAACUUUGGGGAGGAUGCCUCAAAGAAGCUAAUUGGGAAAUCUGAAAAAACUUGCAAUGCUCUUGAAGAUACUGUUUCCACAAACAGCUGUCUGAAGGAAGCAGCUAUUUGUCCUCGACUCCAGCAAGACCAUCAUCAAAUCUGGACAGCAGAAAAUGACCAGUGGGCACCAACUGAAAACGACCAGUGGGCAUCACCUGAGAAGAACCCAUGGGUUUGCGCCGAAACCGAUAGUAGAUCACCUGAUAAAUAUGAUGCUUGGGAAUCAAGUAAAAAUGAGAACUGGCCAUCAUGUGACGAUGACCAGUGGGUAUCGGCUGAAAAUGACCAGUGGGCAUCGACCGAAAAUGGCCAAACAGCAUCAGCUAAGAGAGAAGAAAAAGAACUAGCUUCAGAAUUCUUUCCAGGUUUAGGACAAAACAAGUGCACCGAGGACGUGAUAUUUGGCACGAGCCAUGAAUUUUGGGAAGUAGAAAAUGAUGAACUAGCAGAGACUGAGCCUCAUCCCACCAUUACGGAGACACAUGAAAGUAUUUCCACUGAUGAAAAGCAACAACAUCUGGAACAUCAACCGACAUUUACCAGUUGGGUUGUGGAAGCUCUCGAAUCUCAACAAAGGAUAGACGUUCACCAGGAAGAAAACAACGAGAACCCUGACGUGGAAAACGGAGAACCAGAACAUGACGACUAUUUAAAAGUAGAAGUAGAUAAUCUGGAGAUCCCAGAGCAAGAGCUUCUCAUUCACUGUAAUGUGGUUGGAAUGAGAUGCUCCAGUGAUCGCAAGGUGAACGUCCAAAAUGAGGCAGAAGAUGAAUUUCCAGGAGGUGAAGGAAACCAAAUCUUUAGCAGCCUACAGAACAUUCUUGAUGUAAAGAGUGAGGCUGAAGAAACAAAACAACUACUUGCUGAAUCAGGAAUUUCUGAAGGCAUGCAGAAUCAGACCGAACCUAAGACCAAUCACAACAAUAACUGGGUCACGGAAACCUCUGAAACCGAUGAGGCCCAGGUCACGAAUAACAUCGUCAUUAAACCGCACAUAACUUCAGCAUGCCAAGAAGCAUACUUUAGCAAGGGUCCUAAAAUGAAUCACUGCCAAACAACAAACAGGCAGGAUAUAUUUCUUCAAAAAUACAGAUCAGAUUCUCAAUCUUGUCCCGUUCUCGCCGUCAACGCUGAUGCCAAACCUUGCACAAUCCACAGCAGCAAUGUUCAGUGCUGCUCUCCUGCCUUAAUGUCUAUGGAUAUAUCAGACUGUAAUGAUUCCCAGCAUGCAGAAGUGAGCGAUUGCCAAGGCCCAAACAAUUUCCCAAACACGGUGCACCAUAUAGAGAUCAAGUCUGGUCCAGCUGAUCAAUCCUGGAUGGACAUCACUAACCAUGAAGCUCUACUGGUCUUCUCUAACGAUGCCGAUUCCUUUAACCUAUCCACAGGUGAAUGCUCAACCAGCACCCACAGCAAGGGAAUUACUGCAAAUCUGGGACAAAAACCGUCACCGAUCGCUGAAAACCAGGCACAUCUGGUAUGCGAUUCCACAAAUGAUGAUGACAUGAGAAAUAGCAGAUCUCAAUCAGUGAUUUCGCAGAGCUCCUUGAACUCCAUCCCGGAAUUGCUAAUCUCAGAGUGGAAGGAUUUGGAGGAGGAACCUUUGGAGGACUUCGAAAAGCUUGAGAAAUUGUGCUGCAUUUCCGGAGACGAAGAUCUUCUAGGAGACCUCUUGUUAGGUAACUUGGAAUUACUAGAGUCCUUGAAGAAAAAUCAUCAGUCCCUGCCGAGCCCCAAGGAUGACCAGGAUCACGCUUUGAUUUCAGACAGCAAGACGAGAGUUGAGACGAGCAAGGAGGUUCACGGAAUCUUCGAAAUUCCCAUGGACAAAUCACAACGCUUGGAAGAAAACGAGUCUUUACUGGAAAAGAAGGAAGGUGUGAACAUCUCACCUGCACUUUCAUCAUGUCAAAUGAGCGAAGGUGCCAAAGGUCAGAGAAUGCUCUCACAAAUGCCCGCUACAAAUGGGCUAAUGAUGCAGGUUUGUGAAGAAAAACUGCAGUACUCCCUAAGUGAAAAUGUUCAGACCAACGUACUUUGGGGAUCUACCAUUACUGACAGCGUCAUUCUGCGUCCUUGGGCAGAAACCAGCGCCGACACUGACAGUGAUCCUGCCAACAAAGAAGCCUCAAUGGGAGCUGAGAGUAAAGACCAUGCACUCCCGUCUAGCCCAGUUUUGCCUAAAAGUAAAGAUGCUGGAGUGGAAAUGGGGACACAGAAAAUGACAGAGAAGGCUGAAGUCACACCUGAUCCACCUGCCGCUAACCAAGCCAUGAAAGCUAAACUGGCCCGCCUCUCCCUCUCUCUCCCCCCACUGCCUCUCUCGCUUCCUCUCUCUCCUGGUUCCAAAGGAUUCUGGGAAGGAGGGGAAAGCAGAAUCGCACGGAGACGGGGCUUCUCAACCGGAAGCGAUCCCGAAGAGGACGAGGAAGAGGACGAGCAGGCGGACGAGGUCUCUAGGAAGGUCAUCGUUGUCACGGAGACCGACGUGCACAAGCGAGUAGGACUACGUAGCUUGCUGAAAUCGCCGAAGGAACCUGUCGACAAAGACAACCGAGACCACGGAAGGAACGUUUCUUUUUUUGAUGAUGUCACUGUCUAUCUCUUUGAUCAGGAAACACCAACCAACGAACUGAGUUCCGGCUCUACCCCUACAAGUCCAUCUCCUCUCGGAAAGCCCGCCCAUUUUGAUGGACACGCUGUGCAGGAGCGAGUGGGCACAAAGCCAGCAAGAACAAAGAGCAUGCAAAGUCGAAAUCAGCACUGAGCUCAUCAGCAACGUCAGCAUCAUCGCGCUUCACCGUCAGUCCCGCUGAUGACCCUCAUUUAGUCUGACACACUUUGAUGCACACACACACACACACACACGCGCCCUAAGGAAAUAUGUAGCGCUCUAGAGUGACGUUCGUCACCAAGAGGUUAUUUUUUUUAAUUCAGACUCCUGUUUUUUUCGAGGCUGGAGAAAAAAAAUUUUCAGGAACUUGUGUCUAAUCUGAAACGGAGUUCACGGCUAUGCAAUAGGAGUCUCGUUACGGUCGUACCAGCUUCAGUGCUCUAUUUUCAUGGCUUCAUUAAAGUAAAUUUGUAUUCUGUAUUCAGAAGGGGAAGCACUUUUCUUCGACCAGUACCUGUCUGUCUGUGAGCUUCAAUAGAAGUGUAAGGCGUGUGCUGACCUUACAGGUUAUGAUACUACCACAGAAUCAAAAGACAACUGGAAAUAAGAGGAGAGAUAACGGUUCAGUUUAUGCAGAAGACUAUUUCCCCCACUGUGAAACAUAAUGGAUCCAUUUUUUUUUUUUUAAAUCAGAUAUAACAAUUUGAUUUUUCCACGUUAACUACUUCAGGACAUAAAACUAAAACGGCGAUCGGAGGAGACGACAGAUACCGACCGGGUCGGCGUGUAAAUGCUGUGCUACGCUGUCUGCUGAUAUUCACUACAAAACGAGUGUGUGACUAGAAAUGAAGUGGCGGCGGUGUUUCAUAAGAACAGCAUCGGUUAGUUAAACGACACGAUUUACCGUAGACCUGAUCCUCGGCACACGCCUGGCACUAAAUGUAAAUUUGUUCUCGUUGCAGUCGAGGCAAACCCGAAGCCUCUGUAUCUAACGGUUCAGUGCUCUUGUAGUCUUUGUACAAAUGAAUAGUGACAUACCGACGGUGUACAAACUCAUUUUAGGAUUUAUUUCUCCUUUAUUCUUAGAUUGCACGCAAGAAGAAGAAAAAAGAAAAAGAAAAAAAAUACUGCUACUGACUGAGUUUUGUUUUAUACAAUGUUUUCAGUUGCAAAAUGUUAUUUAUUUACUUGAUUAUUUAUUUACUUACUUACUUGUUUGUUUGUUUGUUUAUUUAUUAUUAUUUAUUACAUCUACCCUGACCCUGACUUGCACAUUUACUUUGUCUCGGAUGUUAUGCAUUAUUUUAUUCAGGUGCUCCACACGUCACAAGCCCGAUUAUUCCACCUCCAUAAGCUUUGCAAUAUUUUACAUUAUUUACCUACAUAUUUACCUAGAUGUUAGUCUCUAUGGAAUUUGUCACUUUAGCGUGUCUGUUUGUAAAUGUUAUUUUGAAGUGUGUUUGACACAUUUUUUUUUUGUUUACAUUAUUUACAUUUGAUAGCAACACGAAAAAAAAAAAGUUGAAAAGCACGGCGGUUAGUUAGCGACACGCUGAUUCAUAUUUAAUUUAAUAAAUCAGUGUCAGAGGUUAAAAAAAACAAC